AUAUUAUUGAUUUAAGGCGAAUUAUCUUAAUAUGCCUUGUAUCACAUUUGCUGUUUAAUCGGUAUAAAAGAAGGAUUCAACACACUAAUUCAUAUUAUACUAUUCCGAACCGUUAAUACGAUGGCAUACGGUUAUAUAGCUCUAAUAGCAUUAGCAGCAUUCUGCAAUGCUGCCGUUAAGGAACUAGCCGAUGGAGAAGUAACUCUGCGCUUAUAUAAUGGAGCUGAUGUGGAUACGUAUGUGGAAUAUAAUUACGACAAUGCAGCUGAAGUUACAACUUCAUUCGGCUGGAAUCCCGCACUUCCUACUGUCAUUUACAUUCAUGGACUAACUGAAAGCGCUGACAGCGAAAGUGUACAGACAGUUGUGAAAGCUUACUUGGGGCGUGCUGAUCACAACAUACUUGCUCUCAACUAUCCCUCACGUGCUAAAGUAGAUUUAGGCGGUAUUGUUGUAAAUGUUAUGCUUGUCGGACAAGCUUUAGGAUCCAUAUUGGAAAGCUUGGAAGCUGCUGGUACUGAUAUUUCAACCAUCCAUAUUGUUGGUUUUGGACUUGGACCUCAUGUUGCUGCUAAUGCUGCUCGUUCAAUCAACAGUCCUAUAUCGAGAAUUACUGGCCUGGACCCGGCUCUUCCUGCUUUCUACUUAGGAGAUACCGUCCACAUUGAAGCAACUGAUGCUAAAGUUGUUGAUAUUAUUCAUUCCGAUGCUGGUGUAUUGGGUGCUGCAGUAGCCACUGGCACCGCAGAUUUCUAUCCAAACAGUGGAUAUCCUCUUCAACCUGGAUGCAACUUUCCUUUUAACUUAAAAAGUUUUGCCUGCGGUACCAAUAGAGCUUGGCAAUUUUACGCUGAGUCCGUAACUAAUCCCACUGCCUUCCCUGCUAUUCUUUGCGACUCCUGGACUCAAUACAAAGUCUCUGAAUGUUCAAACAUAAUUGACCAUAUGGGUUUUGGAUUUAAGAAUACUGCAAAUGGCACAUACUACUUGGAAACAAACAAACAAUCUCCAUUUUCAAAGGGAAUCGCAGGCACUAAAUAUGAUGGAAGUUACCUUAACAUUCUGACUGCUAGAGGUAUCAAUGCUCUUAAUAAAGCUAUACAAAGACUGCUGGUCUGAAUCUAUAAAACUCAAAAAAGUAAAAUGUUGUAAUUAUAUAUUAUAAAUAAAUAAAUGCUUGAAUCAUCCAAA